AUUGAACAUUGAACUCAGUGUGUUUCAGACAUGGAUGAUGCAAUGUCGAAAAUUUAUUAUUAUAAUCAUCGUGAUUUAUCUAGUUUGACUCACUAUUGCUGGUGUUUUCCUCGUCAUAGCUAUUGCGCACGGAUUUGAGUUGGUGGGUGGCAACUUUCGGUUUCACGGUCCUAAGGGUUUUUGUACAAAUGUCUGGUGGUCCUACGCAAGUGCUGGAGAUUGAGCCGAAAAAUGAGCUGAUAUUUGUAGGUCCCUUCACCGAUGUGAUAACUUCUCACAUCAAAAUGAGGAAUCCUCUGGAUAAGGUUGUUGGUUUCAAGAUAAAAACAACUGUACCAAAAUGCUACUGUGUAAAGCCAAGCAAUGGAUAUAUUGAACCACAUCAGAUGAUAGACGUUGCAGUUAUGCUUCAGCCGUUCAGUUAUAAUGCUGCUGAGAAAUUCAAUCACAAGUUUAUGAUUCAGUCCAUUGUUGUUCCCGAUGGCCCCCGGCCUUCCAUGGAACUCCUGUGGAAAGAUGCUCCACGUAGCAAACUCAUGGAUUCACGUCUGUUUUGUCUCUUGCGUAUGCCCGACGAACUACUUGUCGAACCUAGUCGAGAUCUGGUCUUCGAAGGCAAGUCAGCAUUUCAGUUUGUGUUGAUUUUCUUAGGUCCUUUUGUAAAACCCGUUACCUCUAUCAUAAAACUAACCAACCCUUCUUCACAAUAUAUCUGCUUUAAGAUUAGUGCAUCAUCCCCCGAAUAUUUUUCGGCUACUCCUAGUACUAGCGUAUUACCGCCUGGUGCGAAUUCUGAGCUGUCCGUUGUUUUCCGACCCCAUGAUUAUGACUUCAUGGCGAAAAGUCGCGAAAGGAUCUUAAUUCAAUCGGUUGUCGGCUCAGAAGGGUUAGAUCCAAAGAAAGAUCAAACAGCAUUGUUUAAGGAAGGGAAGGUGACAGAUUACUAUUUGAAAUGCAUAUUCAAAAAUACAGGCGUCGAGGAUAAGAUAGAAGCUAGCAAACAUGAACAUACGUCAUCGAAACCUGUGCAUGAUACUGGCAUGACAAAAGCUGAUAUUGAGGCGUUAAUGGCUGAGGUAUCUGCACUUCGCAAAGAAAAUGCAGCUCUUAAGGAGUCGGAUCUUCAUUUACGACGUACAGCUGUCUCAGCUACAUGCCGUAUGCCUGCAGAAUCCGGUGGCAGUGGUCGUCAUCAUGCGAUCAAUACCGGAGCCCUAAGCAAUAUCCCACCAAUAUUAUACUUAAUUUUAGCCCUACUCAUUGGUUUAUUUUUGGGUCGGUUUGUUCUGUAAAUGAUCUGUUGGUGAUAUGUAUUACCAAAAGUGUUAUGCUGAAUGCUUAAUGAUCAAAUAAACAGUUGAAUGAAGUAACAGAGUGGAAGUUCUUCCAAUCUCUCUCUACUCUUUAGACAUUUCUUUUCUUACUGGUUUCGUUUACACAUUUCUGCAUCAUACACAUGUAUUAAGUGUCAAACAGAUUAUAAAAUUUACUUUAGUUAGUUGUACUUUUUUCAGUAUUCUGUAUUCUUUCUCAAUACACGCACACACACACACACAUAUAUAGAUGUGCCAAAUUUAUUUAUUCUUCAGAGAAAUUUCAUCAGUACGAAUUUCAAAGUUGUGAUGGUAUAAUUUCUUGUUACUUUCUUUAGAACACGUGUAAAGCAUUAGUAUUAUAUAUGCUAGCGAGAAAAUGAUGACACAUUAACUCACUGGUGUGUACUCAGAUAAUUUCAUUCCAUAUGAGGGAGCAUCUCUGUGUGUGUGUGUGUGUGCGUACGUUUCAUUCUGUGUUUCUUGACUUCUAUUUCUUUAUCUUUCGCCCUCAUUGCGCUGAAGCAUACCUCUAUUUUUUUUUCCAAAAUUAAUUAAUGCCCCAGUCUCCACACAUAAACAGAGAGAAGGAGGAAAGAUCACUGGUCUUGUCGGAAACACCUCUGUUCAAAUGUGUUAAAACCAAUUCUUUUUUCGUGAUGUAUGUGUGUGUGUGUCUGCGGAAGCGUGUAUGUGUAUGUGCAUGUCGUACUUUUAUUUUCUUCCAAUAAUGGAUCAAUGAUCAUAUGAUACCCCUGAAGUGUUUAAAACCAGCCUUCAGAUGGAUUUGUUUUCUUCAAUGAAUAUUGUGAAAAGAUUUUUUCUUUAUUUAUUGUCUCAUAAAUGCGGUGGGUGGUGAGGGGAGGAGGUAGUGUAUUUGACUUAUUCACGUUGUUGACAUACAGAAUCUCUGUAACUGAGAAUAUAAUCACAACCUUAAGAAAGACUCAUCUUUCAGAUAUUUUAAUACUAUGCUGUUCAAC